UAUGACGCUGAAUAGGAAUUUCUUUCAGUUUCGUUGUUAUAUAGGCUGGCAGCUGUGUCUGAUUAGAAACAGACCAUACUACCAAACAUUCGACAUGUUGUGUCUGAUUAUCCUAAUUUUAAGCCUCAUAAAUAGAGCUUAUCUUUCAGAAAUUAUAGCACGAGGAGACACAGUUGUUAAGUUCGGAAAGGAUGCUUCAUUCUCUUGUACACUGUCAGACGCGUCUGGCGUCAAACAAGUCACCUGGCAGCGGGUGCGAGACCAGGAACCGGUACAAACUCUGGCUACAUUCAGCGAGCUCUUCAAACAACAUGUGGAUGAUCAGUAUGUCGGAAAAGUCUCUUUCACCGCGGCGUCAGUUAAUUCAACGUCCAUUGAGAUCAAAAACGCAACAUUUGAAGAUGAGGCUUGCUACAUUUGUUCCUUCAAAGUGUAUCCAUUCCAACCUAAACGACAAACCUUGUGCCUCGCUGUUAAAGGUAUUUCAGAAAUAACAGCAUCAGUGAAUCCUGCACUCAGUUCUGAUCCAGAUGUUGUAGUCUCAUGUUCAGCCACUGGUAAACCAACUCCAACUAUCCACUGGAAAUCUGCAGAGAAAGAGCUGGACAACUUUAGGUCAAGUAAUUUUACAACUCUCAACAAAGACAGCUCAACCACCAUUACAAGCAACCUCACGCUUCCACUGUCACAGUUUCAUGGGAAGUACGUGGAAUGUGUGGCUCAGAGUGACAGCAUGGAGAAGAGCAGCCAAAUCACUUUGCCUAAAGUACAUUCUAAAGUGAAUGCUACACCAAGAAGUUACAUCAUUACAGUUUCAGUCCUCAUCAUCAUGGCUGUUGUGGUUAUUGUCAUUAUGGUCAUCUGUUUUCACACCAGACUAAAGAGAGCCACUUUUGGGAUAAAAUCUACUUAUGAGGAACCCCUUAAGGAGGAAUGUUAACUCUACAGCUACCUUAUAGUAGUAUGCAAUUUUGCUCAUGACCUUUUGCUCAUGACCUGGUUCUAGCCUGUGUGUUCCUUAAAGGAAUCAUGAAUUUCCUGUCUAGUAUUUAUUUAAUUUAUUUAUUUAUGUUUACAUUACUGUAUAGUAUUCCAUUGCAUUAAUACAGUUAAAUAUAUAAUAUUUUACCACUAUGUAAGCGUAUUUUGACCACAGAGAAUAAUAUGGAUGGAUGAUAUUCAUACUGUAACUUUAGAUUUUCAUGCUUAUACAUUAGGACUUUAUGACUCAGAUUAAUGUACUGCCAUACACUAAAUUGUUUUUAAUUGCGUUUUCUUCUUUUGAGUGAUUUAUAAAUUCAGAAAUGCAAGCUCUAUAUAAGUCUUGAUGUUGUGGUAUGGUAUUGUGUUGAACAAUGACAGAGAUUUGGGGAAGAAAAAUAUUGUUACCCAAUACAGAUAAGCUAAAGGCUGAGAAACCUAGUUUUCAGCAGUGUGAAAUAAAGUGAAAGUUAUGUCAUUAAUGGAAGCAGAAGCUGUUUUGUGGUUUCCUCCACGAAACUCUAAAGGCUGUACAGAGAGAUGACUGCUAUUGUUAGUAUUUAUACUAUUUUUAUUUGUUGACUGCAGCAAGCUUGCUAAAAGUAAGUGUAUCUAGAUGUCAGGAAUGACUGUAAAUUAAAUCAUAAAAGGAUAAACACAUUUUUGUUUCUGAAAAGAUUUCUGUGUGAUAUGUAUGUUACAGUAUAUGUCUAACAUGUUAAUGCAGGUUAUGCAAUUGCACUGAAUUAAAAAAUGUGAACUGUUGGA